CGGGGUUCGCCAUGGUGCCGCCUCUCGUCCUGUUCGCGUCCUUGGACUUGGCGCUUCAGUGGGGUCUGUGGGUGGCGGCGGCCGCGUUGCGCACAGAGAAGUUUUUCGACUUGGCGGGAAGUGGGACAUUCAUAUUGCUAGCACACCUGAGCCUCAGAUGGGGUAACACACAGCAUCCUAGGCAGCAGAUACAGACAGGGCUGGUGACUAUUUGGGGCCUCAGGUUGGGGCUCUUCCUCUUCUUACGGAUCUUGAAGGAGGGGUACGAUAGACGAUUCAAUGGCAUAAGAGAGAAUCCAGGCACUUUCUUCCUUUACUGGACAAUGCAAGGCAUAUGGAUAUUCAUAACACUGCUCCCCACUCUACUUCUGAACCUGGAGGAACACGAGAAACCUCUUGGAUUCUGGGACUACCUUGGAUGGAGCACCUGGGCAGUGGGGUUCAUUACAGAGGCUGCGGCUGACCAACAGAAGUGGCAUUUCAGAAGCAACCCUGAUAAUGCACGAAAGUUUAUCCAGAGUGGCUUAUGGGCUUACAGUCGCCACCCCAACUACCUAGGUGAGAUUUUGCUGUGGUCAGGACUCUUUGUGUCAGCCACAUCUGUGCUACACGGAUGGCAAUACAUCAGUGUCAUCUCACCCUUGCUGGUUUGGUUCUUGAUAAAUUACGUCAGUGGGAUUCCACUCCUGGAGAAAGCGGCCAUGAAGAGAUGGGGGAAGGAGACCGCUUUCCAGGCCUAUUUGCAAAAGACUCCCACGCUGUGGCCUCUCAGCUUGAGGCGGUAGCAGACAAAUGUCACAUCUACCUCUUCAGGACAGCCGCUGAGGGGCAUCUGACACAAGACAACUACAGCAUGGAGGCCACCUUAAAUUGUCAUAUGUACCCUUCCCAUGGCGAUUUUCAGCUAGCACGUUAUUCAUAUGCAGUGGCUCAACCUAAACCUAAUACGGAGCAAAAAUCCACAACCUGUAGAGUAAGUCAGUGGGUAGUAUUCUACUGUGCCCGUGUGCUUGCCAGACCCACCAAUUGCUCAACGGGGCUUUGGCGCUUCUAAAAAUAACCA